CUCGAGUAAAGCUAGGUUUGCCAAACCAGAAACCCAAACCCACCUUUAGAGAAAACAAAAGAAAAAGAAAAUCACUUUCUUCUUUUUUCUUCUCCUUCUUUCUCUCACUCUUCUCCAAGCUUAAAAAAAUGGCGGCACCUUCUAGAAAAUCAAGAACCACUGUACUUCGUUCCCUUUCACCUUCACCAAGAUUCUCCAAUUCAGAACCAUCACCUUCUCACUAUUCAUCCUCAGCUUUCGCAUCUUCAUCCUCAAGCUUCGCCUCCCGAACCACAACCUUCUUCCGAGGCUCCACCUCUCCGACACGUGUCAGUCUAUAUAAUUCUUCACCGUCUGUAUCGUCUUCAUCGGUUCGGUUUUCGCUAGACCGUUCGAUUUCUCCGAACCGGUCUAUUUCGGCCGUACCUCGAACCGGCGGGAAGAAACAGAGUAGUAGCCAACCGAAGCGGACUUGCAUGUGUUCGCCUACGACGCAUCCCGGUUCGUUCCGGUGUAGUCUUCACAAAGGCUUUGGCUCACGCGCCGUCACCACGCCGUAUUCGCAGAAUCGGUUAAACGCGCGUAGAUCCGCCAUGACGAAUUCGUUAGUGAGGAUUCGCGGUGUUGAGGGAGAUCUCGUGAAGAGAGCGCUUGCAGCGUUGAUUCGUCCUUCGUCGCAUCAGCAGAAAAGGAGAGGAGAUUUUCAUCCAAGACCGAGUAGGUUAUCUGUUAUGACUAAAGCUGAAGAUUCAUGAAGUCUCCGAUCAACAGUUAGGUUUCCGGCCACCGCUGACGGAAAUAUGAUAUAUGUUUGGAAGCAAGUGGGGGAGGAUAUGGAUUUGGAUGAAAUAAGAUGUUAAACAAUUAAUUGUUUUUGUGGAUAAUGAUGAUGUUGAAGUUGGGAUGAACUGGAAUGAUGGAUGGUGCUGAACAGUGUUCUGGAAAAUGACAUCCAUAUGGUAUGGAACUGGAUAGAAAAUAAUAGAACCUUGAAGGAGAGACAAUAGUAUAUGAUGAAGACAUAAAUAUAAAAUAUAAAUUAUAAAUUAAAUUAAUUUGGAUUUAAUUAAUGCUAUAAGAAAUAUUUGGUUUUAAAAUCGAAGAUAUCUCUAUCUAAUCAAUUUUUUUCAACAAACAUUAAUUUAUGGUCAAGUGGAAACAACUGGGGUGGCU